CUGUUUCAUCGCUUUUUAUUUUUAAUAACAACAAUUCCGAGAAAAUAGAAAGAGAUAGAGUUUUAGAUUGAGAAAGAUGUCAACAUCAACAUCUUCUCGAUUAGGUCAAUGGGAGGACGACGACUCGAACCGUCCUCACAAGAAGUUUAAGUAUUCACGAACCACAUCAGAGACGAACGUGAUAGACGAUGAUGCAGACUCUUCGAACCGUUCAAUCACAAGAACGCCAGAAAGUGAUUCGUGGGUGGUGACUCGUUAUCUUGGAAACGUCUCCGGCUCAUACGGCUCUGUUUACUUAGCAGUCAGAACAACCCACGAAAACGAUCUUCCUUACGAGAUGGUCAUCAAAUCUAGUCAGUUCUCAGAAGCAGCAUAUCUUAUGAACGAGGAAAAUUACUUAACACGUCUCAAAAGCCCGUUUAUCGUCUCCUGUUACGGCCAUGAGAUGACAGAGGAGAAGAACGAGAAGAAGAAGUACUUCAACACUAUACACGAGUAUUGUUCUGGUCAAAGCCUUGCGAAACACGUCAAAAGCCAUGAAGGAGGAUUACCAGUUGAUGAUGUGAAGAGAUACGCUAGUGAUAUCUUGUUUGGUCUCAAGUGUAUACACGAAGAUGAGAUUAUUCACCGUGACAUCAAGCCAAAGAACAUCUUACUCACGCCUAGCGGCAGUGGGUUUAUGGCUAAGAUCUCUGGUCUUGGAAACGCCAUUGAGAAAUGGUGGAUUGAGGAUGGUGGAAGCUGGAAUCAUAGGAGUGGCACUGCAAGGUUUAUGUCACCGGAGCUUAUAGGGGACAUGGUUUUGGAUUAUGGUGCGGAUGUGUGGGCUUUUGGCUGUACCGUGCUUGAGAUGUUGACUGGAGAACGAGUUUUGAGUGAGUUUGGUAAGCUUGAUUGGCAAGGUUGGGAAACUCUCAUUGGUAAAUGUGGAAUUGUUCCCUAUAUCCCUGAUUACUUGUCUGAUAAGGCAAAGGAUUUUCUCACAAAGUGUUUGGAGAGAGACCCAUCUAAAAGGUGGUCUGUUGAUAGUUUGAUCAAACAUGAGUUCUUGAAUGACGAAGAAGCGGAAGAAGAAGAGGAGGAGGCAUAUGAAGAAAUAGGAUAUGCAGAGGUAGAAGCAUAUGAAGCAAAUCUAGAAGCUGAAGCGGCAUUUGAAGAAGAAGAAGAAGAAGAAGAAGAAGUAGAAGAAGAAGGAGAAGAAGCAAUUGAAAUUGAAAUUGAUGAAGAAUUUCCUAAAGAGGAUUCGGAUGAAGAUUGAAGACGUUGAUGUUAAUGUCAAGUCACACUUUUUAUAAUCUUAUUUCAUUAUUUGUUUAAUAUUUGCAAAAUUAGGAUGAUUAUUUGUAAGACAAAACUAUGUUUCAGUUGCUCUGUAUAUAUUGAUUUUGAGAUAUUGUGUCAAUCGUACUUGAGAUGAUAAAAGGGGAUUUAUAAAGAGAAUGCAAAUUU